GCGUUAAGUUAGUUCUUCAGUGACUAUCGUGCAGUGUCGUAUCGUUAAUAAACAAAACUGAAAAAUGACUGGACGCGGUAAAGGUGGCAAAGGUCUGGGAAAAGGUGGCGCUAAGCGUCAUCGCAAAGUCUUGCGUGAUAACAUCCAGGGUAUUACGAAGCCAGCUAUCCGUCGUUUGGCUCGUCGUGGCGGUGUGAAGCGCAUCUCUGGUCUUAUCUACGAGGAAACUCGUGGAGUUCUAAAAGUGUUUUUGGAGAACGUAAUUCGCGAUGCUGUCACCUACACCGAACACGCCAAAAGGAAGACCGUGACGGCCAUGGAUGUUGUUUAUGCCCUGAAGAGACAAGGACGCACUCUAUACGGCUUUGGCGGUUAAAAUUAUUUUUGUACAGCCUGUACUUAACUAUGUAUACAAUCGGUCCUUUUCAGGACCACAA